AUGACGGAAGAACGGAAGAUGGCGGAGGAUCGGAGGAUGGCGACGAGGGAGCGGGAGGACAUCAUGGAGGCAAGUAAACGAGGCCCAUCUGGUCCCUGGCCCAACCCGAGCUUCAAGUUCCUUGUCGGGUGGCUGAAGCUGGAGGAGCUGGAGUAUCACAGCCAACCUCAUGGCAGCAAGACUGCGAUCAUACAUGACAGGCGAGUGUCUCCUCGUGCGAUUGAGGUUGAGGACUCAAAGGUGCCAGAGAGAAGGAUAGAAGUGAUAGCAAGGCAAGGCAACCUGCUCUUCCUCAACCCAACUGGCACAGCUGGAGCGAGCUCUCAGGUGUUUCAAGGCAUUCAGGCUCACGCGUGUCAACCGGCGGCCAUGUACCAACCAAACAUCAUCAACUACUACCCCUCCAUCAAGUUCUCCACAGACAAGUACAUGUACAUCCAAGAGAACUCAAUGCUUGCGAGGCAACUCAGCGGCAACGUCAAGGAGAGCAGCUUCAGCAUCUUCAUAGUGUGCAAGUCCUACCUCAGCCAGGGCAACAGCCCGUGGCCCAUCUUCACGCUCUUGGACUCCGAGAGUGGUUGGAGCCUUGAGCUUCAAGUUGCAAUCGAACAAAGCUUCGAUGGCAAGAAGACGUACGAGCCUCGCUUCAAGGUCCAUGCAGGAAAGGAAUCGUGUGUGACUGAAGGCGAUGACCCCACCAAGUUCUCCAUCGUCCUGCUAAGAAAGGUUGGCAGUCAGAUCUCAAUGUACAUCAACGGAUGUAGGAACGUGCCGAGCGGGCAUGUCGACCUGUCGCAGUCACCCGAAGCCUCGGCCUACUUCACUCAUGUCUUGUUCGGGCUGGACGCGGACGGAAGAAAAUAUUUCGAUGGAGAGAUUGUAGAGUUCAUCGCGUUUGCUGACCGCUUGAAGCACUCUCAGAUAGAUCAGGUUGGCCGCUAUCUGUCUCGCAAGUUCGGGUUGGACUGGGUCUGGAGCCCGAGAAAGCAGAAGCAGGUUGUGAACUCACUGCAAACACAAGAGUCGUCGCAGGAUCUGAUCGAGGUGGAGCCUGCGAGGCGAGACAGAAGCCUCGCUGACGUGGUCAAAUCUGUCUACCUCCCUGAGCAGUCCAUCCAGAGCCUCGAGAGACUGACGGUGGAAGCACGAUCCCAGCAGAAACGAUCCUUCAUCAGCUCGAAGAUCAGCUGGGACGUUCUCUUUGACUUCUUGGGCUCCUCCAUCACCUCUCUCAAGCUCUCCUGCCUCAAGCUCAUGCGUAUCCUGGCGGAGGAGCUGAGAGCGAGGACGGAGAUCGCCCGGCGAGAGGGGAUGAAGACGCUGCUCGAGCUCUGCGAGCCGCGCUGGAAGGAAGGGCUGAAAACCAUCUUGAAGGAGAAGGAGGUAAACCUGGUGCUGCUGGUGCUGCUGGUGCUGCUGGUGCUGCUGGUGCUGCUGGUGCUGCUGCUGCUGCUGCUGCUGCUGCUGCUGGUGCUGGUGCUGGUGCUGGUGCUGGUGGAUUAUGUGAGGAGCUGUGAGGAGGGGAUCACCGCAGCCAAGGCGCAGCUAAAGGAGGGUGGGCGAGGGGAAAUGACGAUGCUGCUGCGGAACAAGUCAGUGUUGAAGCAAGCAGAGCAGAUGCUGGAGGAGGCAAAGUCAGAGGUCGAGGGAGUGAAGAAGAGGAUGGAGACGGGGAACGAAGAGAUGAAUAUUGAGGCGAUGAUCAGGGAAAGCACAAACGUGUUAGGAGCGCUGUGCGAACGAGAGGACAGGUUCUGCUCGGAGUUCCUACAGAGAGGAGGGAUAGAGGUCAUGAUGCGCGUCCUCGACACUCCCAACGUUCCCAUUCAGACCAGCGUCUGCGCGCUCUCCGGAGCCCUUGUGAAGGAUCAGAGCGUGGCGCAGGAGCUGAUGACCAGAGGGCUGGCGUCCUGCCUGAUCAAGUACAUGCACGUUGACGACCCGCAUCUCCAGCUGGAGGCCGCCUCUGCCGUCCUGCGAAUGUGCAAACACAAGCAGCUCAUCAGGCAGCUGGUCGCCCUCCACAUCCUGCCCCCACUCGAGAAGCUGUUGGGGUCCCCGCACGCCGACAGCAACGCGAUCGCAUGCGAGAUGCUGGUGGCGCUGAGCGCUAGCGAGGAGCAAGUGAGGUCGCAGGUCGCUGAGCAGGAGAGGAUCGUCGAGUCUCUCGUCGGCUGCCUCCAGUCCAAGCACGUCUCCACCUGUCGUCACGCGGUGCGAGCGCUCUCCUUCCUCGCCCUCAACGACUCGGCGCUCGACCUGAUCCAUCGGCAUCGCUUGAGCCUGCGGGACCUGAACGGCAAGGGAGACCCUGAGCUGACCACCUCGGCUCUCCUCCUCCUCCUCAACUCCAGCCGAAAGUUGCAGUACGCCAGGAUGUACAUAGACGGCGCCCUCGUCGACGAACUCGUCAAGCUCGGAUCCUCCUCACGCGUUGACCAGCAACAUCUAGUCUGCGGCGUCUUCGCCAACCUCUGCCUUCCUCCCGUCAAGUCCUCCGUCCUCCUCAACAGCCCCGUCAUCUCUUUCCUUAUCAGCACCCUCCAGCACGGCCCUUACCACGCCAGGUACUUCGCUUGCAAGGCCUUGAAGCGGCUGUCAUGGACUGCGGAGCAUGCGAGCACGAUUGUCUCUUCCAACGCCAUCCCCCCCCUCGUCAAGCUCGCCGGAACUCCCCGCACGUUGAUCUGCGAGCCCGACGAGAGCGUCAGCGAUGGAGAGACUGUCCAUCUCGACCUGCACAUGCAAGCUAGCCGCGUGCUUGCCGCCCUCGCAGUCUGCAUGGACGUGCAUGUGCUGCUGGUCAAGGGAGGAGCGCUGGGAUUCAUCGUCGGCCUCUGUCGGUCGUCAGUCCCCAAAUAUCGCAGAGAAGGAGCGACGACCCUGGCGAACAUAGCAGAGAUCAGAGCAGAUGCAGACUGCAUGCUGCAAAUGGUGCAGGGAGGGGCCAUAGAGGCCCUGCAGGGGCUGACGGAGAGCAAGGACGACUUCACAGGAGCAGAGGCCAUCCGUGCACUGUCCUUCCUGCUCAACUUCGACAGCGGGUGGGCAGAGUGA